UGUUCGUUUAGUUUAAACUUUUAUAACGAAUCAUCAGCACAUAUCCAUCGACCAUCGAGUCGUAUCGGUCGUCGGUUUUUUCGGAAAUUUUUAAAAAAGCAAACAAGAAAGCAAGCAAACAGAUAAUUAUUUGAGAUUUAUUUUUUUGUUAUACAAAGAUAAUAAUUUAAUGAGAACAUCGAAACCUAUUCUAUGACAGGAGAGCGAGAGAGAAAAGGGACAUCGUAAAUUUGUUUUGGUUAAAAAUCGUAUUUUUUUAAAUUAAUAUUAAAACCUUUAACGGAAUUAGAAAAAAAAAUAUUAAAUCCCAUUCACAGUAAAAACAAAACAAAAAGCAAACGACUGCAAAAAACCCGAAAUUUCAUAUAUAUGUCACCAUAAAUUAUAAUUUAAUUCCAUUUCAAUCAGCAUGGGGGUGGCUGAAGAUUUUGCUCCCAGCUUUGUUAAGAAGCCACAGCUUCGACAAGAAGAUGAUGGCAAUCGUCUAAUUUUCGAAUGUCAAUUAUUAUCAUCACCAAAACCCGAUAUUGAAUGGUAUCGCAGUGAAACACUUCUAAUUGAAGAUGCUAGAACAAAAUUUAAAAUACAAUCUAUUGGUGAUAAUAAAUUCACUGUAGUAUUAGAUCUCGACGAUGUUGUUGAAACGGAUGCUGGCCUCUAUAAGGUUAAAGCCAAAAAUAAACUAGGCGAAGUGUCAGCAUCGAUCAAUUUGAAUUUUAGCCCGGCUGACGAACCAAAGGAAAGACAAAUCGACGGUUUCGCACCGACAUUCACGAAAAAACCAGCCAUCCGACAAGAGGAUGAUGGUAAACGCCUGCUUUUCGAAUGCCGUGUUAAUGCAGAUCCAAAACCAACGAUUUCAUGGUUCCACAAUGGAACGGCUGUCAAAGAAUCCCCAAGGCAUAAGCUAACUGUUGACAAAGAUGGACAAUCUUAUUUUGCAUCACUUGAAAUCAAAAAUGUUACAGUGGAGGACGCUGGCAAAUACAAAGUCAAUGCUAAAAACGAACUUGGUGAAAGUAAUGCAACAAUUAGUUUAAACUUUGACAGCGAUGAGGCUCCUGUUCCAGAUGAUGGAAUUAAACCAACAUUCACAGAAAGGCCAGUUAUAAGACAAAGCGAAGAUGGCGGAAAUAUAACUUUUGAAUGCAGAUGUGUAGGCGAGCCAAAACCUACAGUUUCUUGGUAUCAUCGAAAAGAAGAAUUGAAAGAAGGAGGCCGCUACAAGAUAUCACUGGAAGAGGAUCAGAAAUUAUAUCACAUGGCAAAAUUAGAAAUAACUAAUGUGGUUUCUGGUGAUCAGGGAGAAUACCAAACGAAAGCCAGAAACAAACAUGGCGAAGGUGUUGCAACGAUAAAUUUAAAUUUCGAAGGUGGUUCAAAAAAAAUUCCCGAUGGAAAAUCUCCACGUUUUCCAAAGAAACCGACAAUCCGACAAGAAGACGAUAUUCUUAUCAUGGAAUGUAUAUUAGAGGCACAUCCGUUGCCAGACAUCACAUGGUAUCGAGGCGAUAAGCAAAUCAACGAUUCCUCAAGAACUAAAAUGUCUCGUAAAGCAACUGCGAAAGAUAUUUACAUUCUAACAUUAGAGAUAAAAAAUCCAACCAGAGAUGAUGGUGGUAAUUAUCGAUGUAAUGCAUUUAAUAUGUAUGGAGAAAGUAACGCCAAUAUCGCGCUGAAUUUCCAAGGUACAAGCGACGCCAAUGGAUUUGCACCCUCAUUUACCGAAAAACCACGUAUCAUACCCAACGACUCUGGUACACUUAUAACGAUGAAAUGUAAGUGCAAAGCGAAACCAGAACCUAAAGUUACUUGGUACAGGGGCCAAGAUGUGGUUAAAGAAACCAAGAAAAUAAAAAUAAAAUCGACUUUAGUUUCCGAGGACUUGUACGAACUCACAUUAGAAAUUAAAGACCCAGGUGCAUCGGACGGUGGUACCUAUAGAUGUAAUGUCCAAAACGAAUUUGGAGAAUCGAACGCCAAUCUUAACCUAAAUAUUGAAGCUGAAGCUGAACCUGAAGGUGAUCCGCCAACCUUUAUUGAAAAGCCACGCAUCAUAUCAGAAAAUAAUGGCAAAUUAGUUAUUAUGGAAUGUAAAGUUAAGGCCGAUCCAAAACCAGAAGUUAUUUGGUUCCGUAAUAAUAUAACAAUCAAAGAUACAAAUAGAAUGAAAAUGUCAAUGGACACACGGGGUGGUGAAUAUUACAUUAAACUUGAACUUAUCGAUCCACAGCUAGAAGACUCUGGAUUGUACAAAUGUAAUAUUAAAAAUAAUUUAGGUGAACUCAACGCCAAUUUGACUCUCAAUAUUGAAAUCGUUCCUGUCAUAAAAGACAAACCGAAAAUUAUUAAAAUCAUUAAAAAACGCACUGUAGUUAUUGAGUGCACAGUUGCAUCUAAAUUCGAGCCGAAAUGUACUUGGUUCAAGGAAACAAAUGAAGUUCACAAAAGUGAACGUCAUGUCUAUCAAUGUGAAAAAACUAAGGAAGGUGAAUUUGCUGUUAAGCUUGAAAUUAACGAAGUCCAAGAGACCGACAAGGGCGCCUACAAAUUGAUUGCUAAAAAUGAAAAAGGUGAAGCCGUUUCACAGGUUGUCAAUUUGGUUGACAUUCCCGAAGAAGAACGCAAGCCAGUUAAGCCCGAAAUUACUCGCAAACUUGUCGAUCAAAAGGUAUACGAGGGUAAGACCUUCGAGUUGCUUGUUGCAAUUAAAGCAACUGAUCGCAGUUGUAAGGUCACCUGGUACAAGGAUACAAUGAUUGUCAAGGAAACUAAAGAAAUAACAACAACAUUUGACGGAACUACAGCUCGUUUGACAUUUAGUUCUGCUAAAAUGGAACACACUGCUACAUUUAAAUGUAUGAUUAGCAACGAAAUUGGCAAAGAUGAAUCAUCUUGUAAGAUAGUUGUUGAAAAAAUGGAUGCUAAAAAGAAGAAACAAGAAGAGGAGGAAAAGAAGAAAAAGCAACUUAAGGAAGCGGAAGAAAAACAUAAGGCUGAAGAAGAAGAAACAGAAAAGAAAAAGGUCGAAGAAGAAACAGAAAAGAAAAAGGUCGAAGAAGAAACAGAAAAGAAAAAGGUCAAAGAAGAAACAGAAAAGAAAAAGGUCGAAGAAGAAGCACAAAAGAAAAAGUUAGAAGAAACACAAAAGAAAAAGGUCGAAGAAGAAAAGAAAAAGGUCGAAGAAGAAAAGAAAAAGGUCGAAGAAGAAAAGAAAAAGAAGACUGAAGAAGACAAGAAAAAGAAGAUCGAAAAGGCAGAAGAAGAAGAAAAAGAAAAGAAAAAGACCGAAGAGAAAAAGAAAAUCGAUGAGGACAAGAAAAAGAAACAAAUCGAAGACGAAAAGAAACUCGAGGUACAAAAGAAUCAAGAGAAAGAGAAAGAGAGCCUUGAUCUCAAGAAAGAUGCCGAUAAGAAAAAACCUGAAGCAAAGAAAAUUGAAGUUGUUGAAAAGGACAAGCCAAAUGGAAUUGAAAAAGACACAGUUGACACACCUGAAGAGAAGGGACAAAAAGAUCAGAUUGGACUCAAGAAAGUGGAACGAAGGGAGUCUGUUUCCAUGAAAGAAGAGUCCAAAAUGGAAGUUCGCCGGCAAUCAAUUGUUCAACAAAAGGAAACUACCAUCGAAGAUGGUAAAGUCUCAAGACGUUCUUCUAUACAGGUCGAAGAAUCAAAAACAGAAUCCAGACGUUCAUCGAUAAUAGAAAAGAAAGCACUAGAGGCAAAUGAAAGUACAAAACUAGAACCCAAUAAAAAACCCAUUUCAAUAAAAGAAGAACUCCCAGAAUUGAAACCAAUCGUUAAACGAAAACCAAAGAAAGUAGAAGAAAUUCAACCAUUGGAAGAACUUCCAAAACUUCGCAAAACAUCAAUUGUUAAAGAUGUCAAAGAAGAACCAAAACCAGAACCAAAGCCCAAAGCAAAGGCAAAGCCCAAGGCUAAAAAAUACGAAGAAUUGCCAGAAAUUCCAGACUACGAAAGGCCAGUUUUGGAAAAAUAUGAAAAAUCAGAAUUUGAAAAGUCCGAUUUUAGUCGGGAUUUAGGAGUUCCAACGAAAAUGGAAAAACCACAAAAUGCUGAAAUUAAAAAAGAAACCGAACAAAUUGCUAUUAAAAAUGGCUUGCCAAAGAAAGAGGAAGCUAAACCACAAGCCCCUGAGCAGCCAAAACGUCUUUCAAUUGGUAAAGGAAAGCUUCCUGGUGAGGCUCCCGAAGAAGACAAGGCUGAUCUUAAGCCAGUUAUUAUUGUGCCAGAGAAACCAAAGACAAAACCGAAUGCUGAAAAAGAGUUAGCUUUGGACGAAGUUCCAAAACUCAAACAACGACGACGUUCUUCAUAUUUAAAUGUACAAGCAGUUAAAAAUGAGAAUUUCUUAUCAGUUGUUCUUAAACCUGUUACAAGGGAAGCCAAAAUGGCUAAAGCACAACAAGCUAAACAUAUACUUAAGGAAUCAGCAAAAAUGGAAGAAUUCGAUAAGAAAGCUACCUUUGCUAAGGUAUCUGAAAUGCCAAAAUUCGAUCAUGUGAAGCCAGAGUUAGAAGCAUAUACAAAGCCAGAAUUAGAAGUAUAUACAAAGCCUAAAUUUGAAAAGCCAGUAAUUCCUACAGUACCAGUGAUUCAAGAAAAUGUUACUCCUCCAGAGAAGGAUGAAAAACCACGAGUUCCACAAAUCAAGGCCCCUCCGGGCCCUGGUGAACCACCUAAGAUUGAAGUUAUUCGUGAGAAACGACCAUCUUUGGUGCCUGGACCACCAAGUCGUCGUGGUUCUUUGAUUCCACCACCUGAGGAAAUGGGUAGACGACCAAGUUUGAUCAUCAAUGACGAGUUUAAACGUAAAUUACGGCCGGGUGAAGUUCUCGAGGACAAAAGGUUGUUGAGACCCGGAGAGGUUGCAGGAGAAAUUCAGAAAAAAACAUCACGUCCUGGAGAAAUGGGUGAUACCAAACAGAGGAGAAGACCAUCGGUCGAUGUUAGACGACCAAGUAUUCAGGAUCUCGAAGAACUUAUUAAUAAACCAUCGACGCCAUUGCAUCCAAUUGGCGAUGGUGGUCCACCAACGAUCGUUGACGUACAAGAAUCGUAUUCAGCUGUUGAAGACUCAACUGCUUACAUGACGGUUAAUGUAGAGGGCGCACCAGCGCCUACCUUCAAAUUUUACAAAGGUGUAUCUGAAAUUAUGGAAGGUGGCCGUUUUAAAUUCCUUACCGAUGGCCAAACAAAUUCAAUAACCUUAUGCAUGCGUAAAUGUAAGCCCAACGAUGAGGGUAAAUAUAAAAUUGUGGUAUCGAAUAUACACGGUGAGGAUUCGGCGGAGAUGCAAUUGUAUGUAUCGGAUUCAAGUGGUAUGGAUUUCCGUGCAAUGUUGAAAAAACGUCGUUAUCAAAAAUGGGACAAAGAUGAAAAAGACCCCGAUUGGGGUGAUUUAAAGGAAACGGAAAAACCGUUACCGGCCCUUAAAAAAGUCGAAAAGAAACAAGAAUCGUUCUUGAGUCCAUUGAUUGAUCAAUUUGCCAAAGAAGGCAAGGAUAAGAAGGUUGUCUUCGAAGGCAGAUUUAGUAAGCCAAAUUGCAAGCCCAAAUGGUUUUUCCGAAAGGAUGAACUCUUUACUGGAAGCAAAUGCAAAUUCAAGCAAGAAAAUGAUAGUUACCAGCUGAUCAUAAUGAAUCCCAAAGUCGAAGAUAGCGGCAAAUACACUAUUGAAAUCGGCGGCAUCUCAUCCACUGCAUUCCUCAAUGUUGAAGAGGCCGAUCCUAGCUAUACUUUCACAAAACCACUGAAAAAGAAAAUAGAAGGUUUUACACAACACGAAACAGUAUUAGAAUGCGCUGUUAGUAGUUCUAUGGCAAAUGUAACAUGGUUUAAGGAUAAUGAAAAGAUUGAAGGCAAUGAUGCUCGUUAUUUGAUAUCGAAAGAUGUCAAUGGUAAUUUGAAAUUGAUUAUUAAAGACAGUGUGAUGGAAGACGCUGGAAAGUAUUCGUGUCGUCUCGAUCGUCAACCGGAUAAGACUGAUACAACUGUUAAGAUAACAGAAUAUCCUUAUAAAUUCGUUAAAGUACUCAAGUCAUUACAAUGCAUUGAAAAAGAUACAGUGACAUUAGCUUGUGAAAUUGAUGAUGCAACUGGUGAUGUUCAGUGGUUUAGGGGUGAUGAAGAAAUCAAACCCGGUGACAAACGUAUGCAAAUUGUUAAGGACGGCCGAAAGCGAAAGCUCAUCAUUAAGGACUGCAAGGUGAGCGAUGCUGGAUUAUUCAAGUGUACAACAAAUGCCGAUAAGACUGAAGCUGAAAUUAUUAUCAAAUAUGAGAAUCGCUUCAACAAGAAACUUAAGGAUACAUCUGCUGUGGAGCGUGAGAAACUUGUUCUCGAUAUCGAAUUACAAGAUUCAACUGCCCCAGCUGAUUGGAAGUUUAAUGGUGAACCAAUAGUUCCCAGUGAUCGAAUUGAGAUAAAGAACUUGGGUGGCGGAAAACAUCAAUUAAUUUUCAAUGCCUUAGACUUAAGUGAUGAGGGUGAAAUAACUUGUGAGUCUGGCCAGUUGUCGUCAUCAUGUAAAUUGUCGGUAAGCAAGGGUGAGAGUAAACCUGGUAUUGAAUGCCCAGAGGAAUUCGCUGGACCUAUUAACCAACCAUUAAUAAUUGAAGUACCAUACAAGGUUGCCGGUACUAAACAAACUCCAGUUGAGGCUAAGCUCUUUAAAGACGACAAACAAUUACCAGUAAAAGACGUUGAAGUUUCUGUGCAGGACGAUAAGGUUGUAUUUAAAAUCAAGAAACCCACUCGUGACCAAUCUGGUCCGUACCAAAUUAAACUUACCAACGGACAAGGUGACGACGUUAAGAAUGUCAAUAUCAUCAUGCAAGACGUACCAACACCACCACGUGAUGUUGAUGUAACAGAAGUCUUCCAAACAUCAUGUGUUGUCUCAUUUAAACCACCAGAAGAUAUGGGCGGUGCUGAUUUGAUAAAAUAUAUAAUCGAAAGGCAAGAUAUGAGCAAGAAACAGCAAUGGGAAAAUGUCGCUGAUGUUCUACCGGGUGAACCAUUGAAGAAAAAGAUUGAAGAUCUCACCCCGAAAAAGCAGUACAGAUUCCGUAUUCGUGCUGUAAACAAAAUUGGUUCCAGUGAGCCAGCUGCAUUCAAGAAUACUGUUUUAGCCAAGGACCCAUGGGAUGAACCUGGUAAACCUAAAAAUGCCGAUGUUGUUGAUUGGGAUAAGGAUCAUGCUGACCUCACAUGGUUGCCCCCAGAUUCAGACGGAGGUGCACCAAUAACUGGAUAUCUGCUUGAAUACAAAGAAAAGUUCAGUAACGAUUGGGUAACAGGCAAAGAAGUGCCUGCCGAUUGUUUAGCAGGAACUGUCGAUGGCCUCAAAGAAGGCCAACAAUACGAAUUCCGAGUCCGUGCUGUUAAUAAGGCUGGUCCCGGCGAACCAAGCGACACAACAAAAACCAUAAUUGCUAAGUGCCGAUUCGUCAAGCCGUUCAUUGUCGGUGAUCAAUUGAAGAAUAUCACAGUCAAAAAAGGACAGACCAUCAGGUUUGACAUUAAAUACGAUGGUGAACCAGAGCCCGAAGCCAAAUGGGUUAAGGGAGAAGAACCAAUUCAAAUCGAUGGUCAGCGUAUAACCGUUGAUCAAUACGAACGUAAUUCUGCAAUUACGAUACGAAAAGCUAUUCGCAAAGAUACUGGAAAAUAUAAAAUUGUUUUGACAAACAGCUCGGGAACUAUUGAGUCUGUUGCCGAUGUGAUUGUUCUUGAUCGUCCAUUGGCACCUGGUGGUCCACUCGAGCCUGAAGAGGUGCGCUCAGAUCAUAUCAAACUAAAGUGGCGCAAGCCAGAGGACGAUGGCGGUUGUCCAAUUACAGGAUAUGCUCUUGAACGUAUGGACGAAGAUACCGGUCGUUGGAUACCGGCUGGCGAAGUUGGUCCCGAUGAGACAUCAUUUAAUUUCAAAGGAUUGUCACCCAACAAAAAGUAUAAGUUCCGUGUUAAGGCAAUUAACAAAGAGGGUGAAUCCGAACCACUCGAAACUUCCGACAGUAUUUUAGCUAAGAAUCCCUAUGAUGAACCUAGCCGUCCAGGCAAACCAGAGAUCGAUGAUUACGAUAAUCAAUCAGUUACAUUGAAAUGGAAACGACCACCAAGUGAUGGUGGCCGCCCCAUUACACACUAUCUUAUUGAGAUGAAAGACAAAUUCUCACCUGACUGGACAGAAGUUGCUAAAACUGAGACACCUGAGUGUGUUGCCAAAGUUGAAGGCCUUAAGGAACGUAUGGUCUAUCAAUUCCGAGUUAGGGCUGUCAACAAAGCUGGCAAAUCGGAACCAUCUGAACCAACCGACAAUCAUUUGUGUAAACAUAAAAAUCUUAAACCUCAAAUUGAUCGUUCCACAUUCAAGAAGGUCACAAUCAAGACUGGGCGUACCCACAAAUGGUCAGUUGAUGUUAUUGGUGAACCCGUGCCAGAUCUUAAAUGGAGCUGGCGUGAUGAUAUUCCGCUAACAAACACUGACCGUAUUAAAAUUGAAAAUGUCGACUAUCACACUGAUUUUGUUAUUUCAAACUGCGUGCGAAAAGAUAGUGGCAAAUAUACACUCAAAGCUUCCAAUCGAAAUGGAACUGAUAGCGAAACUGUUGAAUUGAUAGUUUUGGGCAAGCCAAGCUCACCGAAAGGUCCACUUUCGGUUACAGACGUUCAUGCCAAGGGUUGCAAACUUGCAUGGAAGAAACCAGAAGAUGAUGGUGGUGUUCCAAUUCAGGAAUAUCAAAUCGAGAAAAUGGACACAGCUACUGGAAAGUGGGUGCGUGUAGGACGUUUGCCUGGUGACAAAGAUCCACCAGAAUUUGAUGUGACUGGCUUGAAUCCUGGAUCGGAGUAUCAAUUCCGUGUGACAGCUAUUAAUGCUGAAGGAGAGUCGGAGCCUCUGACAACAAUUGUCGGUGUUGUAGCCAAGGAUCCAUUUGACGAACCAAACAAGCCCGGUACACCAGAGGUUGUCGACUAUGACAACCAUAGCGUCCAGCUCAAAUGGAAUCCACCGAACAACGAUGGUGGUGCACCAAUUGAAAAAUAUAUAAUUGAGAAAAAGGAAAAGAACAAGCCCGAUUGGGAAAAGGCCGGAGAGGUACCAGGCAGCAUGACAGAAGGAAAGGUUGAUGACUUAAAAGAGUACGGAGAAUAUCAAUUCCGCAUUGUUGCUGUUAACAAGGCAGGACCAUCUCCACCAUCCGACGCGAGCAAAAUGCAGAUUGUGAAAUACAAAGCACUGAAACCAAGAAUUGAUCGUACCAAUUUGAAACCAUUCAUUGUUCGCGCUGGAAAGCCCAUCAAAUAUGACAUCAAUGUCCGCGGUGAGCCUGCACCAAAAAUCAUUUGGUAUCAGAACGACAAGGAGCUUUCUUCCCAAGGCAAUGUUGAGAUCAAGAAUAUCGAUUACAAUACUAAGAUAGCCAUAAUUGACUCCGUGCGCAAAAAUACUGGCCUUUACAAAAUCAGGGCUGUGAACGAACAUGGUGAAGAUGAGGCCGAGGUCGAAGUUAAUGUGUUGGCAGCUCCUGGCAAGCCUAAGGGACCACUCAAGGUUAAAGACGUAACAAAAGAGGGAUGCAAGCUUGCAUGGGAAAAGCCUGAGGAUGAUGGAGGUAAACCCAUUACCGCCUAUCAGGUGGAGAAAUUUGAUAAGGCUCAAGGCCGCUGGGUACCAGUCGGUCGCACAUCUGGAAAUGAUACUGAGUUGGACGUUAAGGGCUUACAAGAAGGUCACGAAUACCAAUUCCGUGUAAAAGCAAUUAACGAUGAGGGUGAAUCAGAACCCUUAGAAACUGAGCAAAGUAUUAUUGCUAAGAAUCCCUUCGAUCCAGCUGGUAAACCAAGCACACCGGUCAUUGAAGAUUACAAUGAAAAUAUGGUUCAAUUAAAAUGGGAGCCUCCAAAGAACAAUGGUGGUGCUCCAAUUACUGGAUAUAUAAUUGAAAAGAAAGACAAAUUUUCGCCACAUUGGGACGAAGUCCUCACCACUGACGGACCACAACCAUCUGCAACAGUUGAUGGUUUGAAAGAAGGCAAUGUUUAUCAAUUCCGUGUUCGUGCCAUUAACAAGGCUGGACCUGGUGAACCAAGUGACGCAACCGAGCCCCACCUUGCCAAACCUAGAAACUUGAAACCAACAAUCAAUCGAGAGAAGAUGAAGAAUAUCAAAGUACGCGCUGGCCAAGUUGUCAAACUUGACGUUGAUGUGCGUGGUGAACCACCACCAACACUUGUUUGGUCAUUCAAGGAAAAAGAAGUCCUUGCUACCGGAAAUAUACGUAUUGAAAAUGAAGAUUACAACACAAAACUUACAAUUUUGGAUUCUUCAAGAAAAGAAAGCGGAGUGUACACGCUACGUGCUGAAAAUAUCAAUGGUGUAGAUGAAGCAACUGUUGAAAUCUUAGUCCUUGACAAACCGGCCAAGCCUGAAGGUCCACUCGAGGUUAGCGAUAUCCACAAGGAAGGUUGUAAAUUGAAAUGGAAAAAGCCCAAAGACGAUGGUGGUGUUCCACUCACUGGCUAUGUCAUUGAGAAAAUGGAUGCUACGACCGGUCGUUGGGUACCUUGUGGACAUGUUGAUCCUGAGAAAACCGAACAGGAAAUUAAGGGACUCGAACCGAACCAUGCCUAUCAAUUCCGUAUCAAAGCUAUAAACGAAGAAGGCGAGUCUGAUCCAUUAGAAACCGAAUCGGCUACUGUUGCCAAGAAUCCAUACGAUGUAGCUGCAGCACCUGGUUUACCGGAGUUAGAAGACUGGGAUGAACACCAUGUGAAAUUGAAGUGGGAACCACCGAUUCGAGAUGGUGGUGCUCCAGUUACAGGUUAUAUCAUUGAAGCUAUGGACAAGGACUCUGGCCAGUUUGUCAAGGUUGCUGAGACUGAAGGACCUAUUUGCAAGGGAACUGUUAAUAAACUUGAAGAGGGUCAGCAAUACAAAUUCCGCGUUCGUGCAGUGAACAAAGCAGGACCUUCUGAACCGUCAGAGCAAACCAACUGGCAUACAGCUAAGCCUAGAUUCUUGAAACCUCACAUCGACAGAACUAACCUUAAAGCAGUUAUUGUUAAGGCUGGUCUUUCAAUUAGCCUUGACAUUAAUAUAAAGGGUGAACCAGCUCCUACAGUAGAAUGGUUAUUUAAGGAUGAACCUCUUGUCACUGACGAUAAUCUACGCGUGGAUAGCGUAGACUAUAAUACGAAAUUCUUUGUGAUGCGAGCCAAACGUAUUCAAAGCGGUAAAUACACAAUUAAAGCGAAGAACGAAGUUGGCGAAGAUAUUGCUGAAUUAGAUGUAACAGUCCUGGGUAAGCCAGGCAAGCCUCAGGGCCCACUUGAAGUGAACGACAUUACUAAACAUGGUUGCAAGCUUAAGUGGAAGAAGCCUGAGGAUGAUGGUGGAGCACCAAUUGAUUAUUAUGAAAUUGAAAAACUCGACCCACAUACCGGUCAAUGGUUACCAUGUGGUAAAAGUUCAGAGCCUGAAGCUAAAAUUAUUGGUCUUCAGGAAGGUAAGCCUUAUAAAUUCCGAGUACGUGCGGUAAACAAGGAAGGUGAGUCAGAAGACUUGGAAACAGAUAAGCCAAUCAUCGCCAAAAAUCCAUUCGACGAACCAGACAAGCCAGGAAGACCAGAACCAACAAAUUGGGAUAAGGACUUUGUGGAUUUAAGUUGGGCUCCACCCAAAAGCGAUGGUGGUGCACCAAUUCUCAAGUAUAUUAUCCAAAUGCGAGAUAAAUCUGGACGAGCAUGGGUUGAUGCCGCAACAGUUCCAGGCGACCAUACCUCUGGCACUGUGACCAAUGUUGAUGAAGGCCAUGAAUAUGAAUUCCGUAUUGUGGCUGUGAACAAGGCGGGACCAAGUGAUCCAAGUGAUGUUUCAAAAUCAGUUAUUGCUAAGCCUCGAUUCCUUGCACCGCGUAUUGACCGCAAGAACUUGCAGAAAAAGAUACUGCGAAAUGGACAGCUAUUGCACAUUGAUGCAGUAGUGAAGGGCGAGCCAGCUCCUGUUAUUACAUGGACUUACAAGGACGCGCCUCUAAAGUCGAUCGAUCGACUUAAGAUUGAGAAUGAGGACUACAAGACUACAUUUAUCAUUUCAAAAGUCAGACGCUCCGAUAAGGGUAUCUAUACUGUUACAGCCAAAAAUGAUUCUGGCGUUGAUACAGUUGAUUUAGAACUUGAAGUUCUUUGCAAACCCUCUACACCAAAAGGACCACUCAAAGUUGGAGACAUUACUGCCGAAAGUGUACAUUUAUCUUGGGACAAACCAGAAGAUGAUGGUGGAGAACCUGUUGAUCAUUAUGUCGUUGAACGAAUGGACACAGAAACUGGACGAUGGGUACCUGUUUGCGUUAGCAAGACACCUGAAGCAGACGUUACGGGAUUGACUGAUGGCAAAGAAUACAUGUUCCGGGUAAAGGCUGUGAAUGCAGAAGGUGAAUCUGAACCCCUGGUAACUGAUUCGCCAACAACCGCUAAGAAUCCAUACCAAGCUGCUGACAAACCUGGAAAACCAGAAGUCAAAGAUUGGUCCCGAAACCAUGCUGAUCUUAAAUGGAGGGCCCCAUCUGAUGACAAUGGCGCUCCAAUUACAGGUUAUAUAAUUGAAAAAAAGGACAAUCUCACAAACAAAUGGCAAAAGAUACUAGAAACGAAUACACCAAAAUGCGAAGCUAGAGUAAAUGACUUAAUUGAAGGACAGAAAUACCAGUUCCGUGUAAAAGCCUUAAAUAAAGGUGGUCAAAGCAAGCCAUCUGAUCCAUCGGAUACAGUACUUGCUAAGGAUCGUUUUGCUGCACCAAAGAUUGAUCGCUCAAACCUAAGGGAUAUUACCAUUAAAGCAGGUCAACAUGUGCGCUUGGAUGUUAAGGUGUCUGGUGAACCACCACCACAUAAAAUAUGGUAUCACAACAAAGCCCGCAUUGAAGACGAUGACUCGAUAAAUGUUGACUUGGAACCAUACCGCACCAAAUUAAGCAUUCCAAUAGCUAAGCGUGCUCACACCGGCAAAUACACACUCAAGGCUGAAAAUGAUUCGGGCCAUGAUGAGGCUACCAUUGAAAUAACAGUCUUGGAUAGACCAGGCAAACCUGAGGGUCCACUUCGUGUUAGCGACAUUCAUAAGGAAGGAUGCAAGUUGAAAUGGAGUCCGCCAUUGGAUGAUGGUGGAGUACCAAUUGACUAUUACAUUGUUGAGAAGAUGGAUACAGAAACGGGAAGAUGGCUACCAACUGGCCGUUUCAAGGAACCUUUUGCUGAACUCAACAACUUGAUUCCAAACCAGAAAUACAAGUUCCGAGUGCUAGCGGUAAAUACUGAAGGCGAAUCUGAACCACUUGAAACUGAAAAGGCAAUUGUAGCAAAGAAUCCAUUUGAUGAACCUGGUAAGCCUGGAACUCCAGAGGCAGUCGAUUGGGAUAAGGAUCAUGUGGAUCUGAAGUGGAAUCCACCCUUAAAUGAUGGUGGAUCACCAAUAACAGCAUACGCAAUAGAAAAAUGUGAAAAGGGUACAGGAAAAUGGAUUAAGGCUGUUGAAGUAGCUGCCCCACCACCCGGUGGCGAAUGUAAGGCUACUGUACCAAGCUUAGACGAAAAUACUGAGUACGAGUUCAGAGUUCGUGGUAUAAAUGCCGCAGGCCCUGGUGAACCAAGUGAUGCCAGUAAAUCAGUUAUCACUAAACCCAGGAAGUUGGCGCCUAAGAUCGACCGCAGAAACAUCCACACCUACAAUGUCAAGGAGGGUGAGCCAAUCUUCUUGGACAUUAAGAUCAUUGGUGAACCUCCACCGGAUGUAGUUUGGUCACACAAUGGAAAAUCAAUUCCAGUUUCCUCACACCGACGUAUUGAUAAUAUACCAUACAAUACAAAGUUCUUCAACGACAGUCCAAAGCGAAAAGACACAGGAACUUACAAAAUUGUUGCACACAAUAAAUACGGCCAGGACACCGUGGAGUUCGAGAUCAAUAUCAUAUCUAAGCCUGGAAAACCAGAAGGACCACUGGAAGUAUCUGACAUCCAUAAGGAGGGAUGCAAACUUAAGUGGAAGAAACCUAAGGAUGAUGGUGGUGAACCAAUUGACGGCUAUUUGAUUGAGAAAUACGAUCCCGAAACUGGAAUCUGGUUACCGGUAGGAAAAUCAGAUGGUCCAGAGUUCAAUGUUGAGGGUCUUACGCCUGGACAUGAAUAUAAAUUCCGCGUUAAAGCUCUCAACAAAGAAGGAGAAUCAGAACCGUUGGAGACAUUUGGAUCAAUUGUAGCAAAGGACCCGUUUACGACUGCCUCCAAGCCUGGAGCACCAGAGCCAGCGGAUUGGUCUGCCAAUCAUGUUGAACUUGCAUGGUGUGAGCCCGCAAGUGAUGGUGGCUCACCAAUCACCGGUUACAUAAUCGAAAAGAAAGACAAAUACAGUCCGAUGUGGGAGAAGGCAUGUGAAACAGAUACACCAACCCCAGUGGCUACCGUACAUGGCCUGAUUGAAGGAAAUGAAUAUCAAUUCAGAGUCAUAGCACUAAACAAAGCUGGCCAAUCAGAACCUUCGGAGCCAGGUAAGACAUUCACGGCAAAACCACGCUAUUUGGCACCGAAAAUCGAUCGUCGCAAUCUACGCGAUGUGACAAUAUCAGCUGGAACACCACUCAAAUUCGAUGCAAAUAUUAUUGGAGAACCAGCACCGAAGGUUGAGUGGAGAUUCUCCAACUGCCCAUUGCAAUCCGGCAAGAAUGUGACAAUCGAUAGUCCAGAUUAUUAUACAAAAUUAGUUAUAAGGCCAGCAAGUCGAUCAGAUUCUGGCGAGUAUACCGUAACAGCGACAAACAGCUCUGGCAAGGACACCGUAACGCUUAAUGUUGUAGUUACCGAUAAGCCAACACCUCCAUUGGGACCACUUCAAAUUUCCGAUAUACACAAAGAAGGCUGUCACUUGAAAUGGAAACGACCAAAAGAUGACGGAGGCACUCCCAUCGAAUACUUCCAAAUUGACAAAAUGGAUCCGGAAACAGGUUGUUGGGUGCCUGUUUGUCGUGCCACCGAGCCUCAAGCAGACGUUACCGGUUUGACACCUGGUGGUGAAUAUAAAUUCCGUGUUGUGGCUGUAAACGCCGAAGGUGAAUCGUCACCACUCGAAGCUGAUGAGACAAUCAUUGCCAAGAAUCCAUUCGACGAGCCUGGUAAGCCCGAAAAUGUGCGUGCAACCGAUUGGGAUAAGGACCAUGUCGAUUUAGCAUGGACUCCUCCGAUAACCGAUGGCGGAUCACCAAUUACCGGAUACAUAAUUGAAAAGAAGGAUAAGUAUGGACAGUGGGAGAAGGCCGUCGAAGUUCCUGCUGACCAGAGCAAGGCAACAGUUCCGGACUUGAUUGAAGGACAAACCUAUGAGUUCCGUGUUAUUGCGGUUAACAAAGCUGGUCCAGGUGAGCCAAGUACAGCAACUCCACCAAUUAUAGCUAAACCUAGAAACAAGGCACCACUCAUCGAUAGAACCAAUCUCCUUGAAGUCCGCAUUAAAGCUGGUCAAAACUUUACCUAUGACAUCAAAGUUUCUGGCGAGCCUGCACCAAAAACAAAAUGGCUUCUUAACAAACGAGAAGUUUACCCAAGCGAUCAUGUUAAAGUACAACACGUUGAUUACAAUACAAAACUUGUUGUACGUAAUGCAAGCCGCGCCGAUUCUGGAACCUACACUAUAACAGCUGAGAACAUCAAUGGAACCGAUACAGCCGAUGUGAAAGUCAUUGUCCUUGACAAACCCGCUCCACCAAAUGGUCCACUUAAGGUUGAAGAUGUGCAUGCUGAUGGCUGCACACUCAAAUGGUCACCACCGGAUGAUGAUGGUGGUCAACCAAUUGAAAGUUACGUUAUUGAAAAACUUGAUGAAAUCACAGGACGCUGGGUUCCAGCUGGUGAGACUGAUGGUCCAACAACCAAGUUCAACGUAGAUGGAUUAACACCAGGGCACAAGUACAAGUUCCGUGUUAGGGCUCGUAAUCGUCAAGGCAUUUCAGACCCAUUGACAACACCUCAUGGAACAGAAGCCAAGAAUCCCUACGAUGAACCUUCAAAACCAGGAACUCCAGUUAUCAAAGAUUACGACAAAGACUUUGUCGAAUUACAAUGGGCACGACCAGAACAAGAUGGGGGCUCACCUAUUACUGGAUAUAUUAUUGAGAAAAGGGACAAAUAUAGUCCCGAUUGGGAAAAGUGCGCUGAUGUUGAUGGAGAUGUUACAACUGGAAAAGUUCCUGAUUUGGUAGAGGGCGUGAAAUAUGAAUUCCGUGUUAAGGCUGUCAACAAGGCUGGCCCAGGAGCACCAAGUGAUGCUACUCAGCCUCACAUUGCCAGGCCUAAGAAUCUUGCACCGAAGAUUGACCGUCAAUUCAUGAUCGAUAUCAAAGUCCGAGCUGGUCAGACCUUUGACUUUGACGUACCUGUUAUUGGUGAACCUCCACCAACCAAAGAAUGGUCACAUAAAGACAACAUGGUCCUAAAUACGGACCGUGUCAAGAUUGUCAAUGAGGAUUAUCGCACAAAAAUGCGGGUUAUUGACGCUAAGCGCUCUGACACCGGCACAUACACACUUCUUGCUCGUAAUGUGAAUGGCAGUGACAAAGCAACUGUUAAUGUUACAGUUUUGGAUAUUCCAUCACCACCGGAAGGUCCUUUGCGACCAGAAGAAGUUACUAAAAGCUCAAUUACCUUACGCUGGAGGCCGCCCAAAGAUGACGGCGGUUCAGAAAUUACCCAUUACGUUGUUGAAAAAAUGGAUACAGAAACAUUGCGUUGGGUGCCAGUUGGGGAUUGCGCUGACACUUGUAUUCGUGCCGACAAUUUAAUAGAAAAUCAUGAUUACAACUUCCGCGUUCGCGCUGUCAACAAACAAGGAGAGUCUUUGCCGCUUGCUACAGCACAAUCAAUCACUGUUAAGGAUCCAUUUACUCGACCUGACAAACCUGGACAGCCACAAGCCACCGACUGGGAUAAGGAUCAUGUUGAUUUGGAAUGGGCAGCUCCGAAAAAAGAUGGAGGUUCACCUAUUACUGGUUAUAUUAUUGAGAAGCGUUCUAAAUUUGGACCAUGGGAAAAAGCGGUUGAGGUGCCCGGCAAGCAAACAAAGGCCACCGUGCCUGAUUUGUUAGAGAACGAGCCGUACGAGUUCCGAGUUAUUGCUGUAAACAAAGGGGGACCAGGGGAGCCUUCUGACGCUUCAUCAACUGUUGUAACCAAACCCCGAUUUAUUGCACCAUACUUCGAUAAGAAACUUUUGGAAGAUAUCACUGUUCAUGCUGGAAAGCGUUUGGGAUGGGUUCUGCCAAUUGAAGCAUCUCCUCGUCCAACAUAUACUUGGGAAUUUAAUGGCACAAAAAUUGAACAAAGUACCCGCAUCGAUAUGUCUUUGUUCCAGAAUGAGUUGACAUUUGAAAUACCAUUUUCGACGCGUGCAGAUGCUGGUCGUUACACUCUUAAGCUCAAGAACGAGCAUGGAGAGUUUUCCGCCUCUGCUCACGCUACAGUUUUAGAUCGCCCAAGCCCACCUAUUGGACCACUCGAUAUUACAAAAAUAACUAAGGAUGGUUGUCACCUGACUUGGCAACACCCAGAAGACGAUGGAGGGUCACCAAUUCUUCACUACGUCAUCGAAAAGAUGGAUAUGUCUCGUGGAACUUGGUCUGAUGCUGGUAUGAGCACACAUCUAGUACACGACGUUACUCGACUGUUCCAUAGAAAGGAAUACCUAUUUAGAGUGAAGGCUGUAAAUGCAAUUGGUGAGUCAGAACCACUUGAGGCUACCAAGAGCAUUAUAGCUAAGAACGACUUUGACGAACCUGAUGCACCAGGAAAACCAGAUAUCACUGACUGGGAUCGGGACCACGUCGACUUGCGCUGGGCCGAACCUAAAUCUGACGGUGGUGCACCACUUACCGAAUACAUCAUUCAAAAGAAGGAGAAGGGCACUCCAUAUUGGGUGAAUGUAGUGCACGUACCACCAAACAAGACAGCAGCAACUGUACCAGAACUAACCGAAGGUCAAGAAUACGAAUUCCGAAUUAUUGCUUGCAAUCCUGCAGGUCAAUCAGAGCCAUCGGAACCAUCUGAUAUGGUUACAGCCAAGGCUCGUUUCCUUGCACCUAAGAUUAUUACACCACUGCAUGACAUACGCAUCAAGGCCGGGCUUAUAUUCCAUAUUGACAUCGACUUCAUUGGGGAACCUGCUCCUGAAGUUAUUUGGGAUCGCAAUAAUAUACCAGUCGCCACCAACGAACGAACAACUCUAACAGCGAUUGGCCACCACACAGUUAUUCACACCGUCAAUUGCAAACGUGAUGAUUCAGGAACCUAUCAUCUCCUACUGAGAAACGAUUCCGGUAUAGAUGAGGGCUCAUUCCAGUUAAUUAUUCUUGACCGUCCAGGUCCACCUACAGGUCCAAUGGAAUACGAAGAAAUAACCGCCAACUCAGUGACAAUUUCAUGGAAACCACCAAAGGACAAUGGUGGCUCGGAAAUAUCUGCGUACGUCAUUGAAAAACGUGACUUGACACAUGGUGGUGGUUGGGUACCAGCUGUGACCUACGUCAAUGCCAAAUACAAUCAUGCCGUUGUGCCACGUUUGCUAGAAGGUACCCAGUAUGAGUUCCGAGUAAUGGCUGAAAAUCUUCAAGGACGAUCGGAGCCUCUGGUUUCAGAAGAACCAGUUGUUGCAAAGAACCAAUACAGCACUCCUGGUCAACCUGGAAAGCCCGAGCUCACAGACAGCGACAAAGAUCAUAUUUCGAUCAAAUGGAAGCCACCAAUCAGUAAUGGUGGAUCAUCAAUUAUCGGUUAUGACAUUGAACGCCGUGAUAAGGCAACUGGAAGGUGGAUUAAAAUAAACGCCGAGCCAGUACCGAACAAUAAUUAUACAGAUGACCGCGUCUCUGAUGGUCACCAAUAUGAGUACCGAGUUUCUGCAGUCAAUGCUGCUGGAAAUGGAAAACCGUCAGAACCUUCAUCAGUUUUAUCAGCUAAGCCAAUGCGUGAGAAACCACGGUUGUUCUUGGAUGGUUUGAUUGGACGUAAGAUCAAAGUCCACGCUGGAGAACCUGUUUGUAUUCAUAUUCCGAUUCAAGGUGCUCCUACACCAACAGUAGAAUGGGCAAAAACAGGAAUUAAAUUGGCCGAGAGCAAUAAGAUUUCAUUCCAGACAAGUCCCGAAGAAACAAUAUUCCGAAUCGAUAAUUCGGUGCGUGGGGACGCUGGUACUUAUAAUGUUACAGCAACUAAUGCCUUUGGAAAGGACAGCGCUGAUAUUCAAGUAAUUGUUGUCGACAAGCCUGACCCACCAGAAGGUCCAUUGACAUACACAGAGAUCUCCCAGGAUCAUAUUUCACUCUCAUGGCAUCCACCAAAGGAUGAUGGUGGUGGUGAUAUAACCGGAUAUGUUGUUGAAGUUUCAGAAUUUGGAGUAGAUGCUUGGCGCCCAGUGCCCGGCUUUUGCCCAAGAACUACUUUUACUGUUAAAGGAUUGACUGAAGGAAAGAAAUACGUAUUCCGCGUAAGUGCUGAAAACAUUUACGGUAUCUCCGAACCAUUGGAAGGUAAGCCUGUUGUAGCUAAGUCUCCAUUUGACCCGCCAGAUGCACCAAGCCAGCCUGAGGUUGUCGCAUACAGUCCAUCGUCUGCUUCACUUGAAUGGCAUCCACCAGAGUACUGUGGUGGAAAACCAAUUACGGGAUAUAUUGUUGAACGCCGUGAACGUGGUGGUGAAUGGAUCAGAUGCAACAACUACCCAACACCUAACACUAGUUACACAGUUCAAGAUUUACGUGAAGGUUCAAGGUAUGAGUUCCGUGUAACAGCUGUGAAUGAAGCUGGACCAGGAAAACCAUCCAAGCCUUCAGAGCCAAUGACUGCCCAACUUCAACGAUACAAACCGGAUGCUCCAGAGCCACCAAAGGCUGACCGCAUAACAAGAAACAGUGCAACUCUUUCAUGGAGGCCACCACGUAAUGAUGGCAAGUCAAAGAUUAAGGGUUAUUAUCUCGAAAUGAAACCAAAGGGUUCUAAAGACUGGAUACCCAUAAACGAAGUUCCCAUUCAUAACCUGUUAUACACAGUCCCAGACUUAAAAGAAGGACAAGAAUAUGCAUUCCGUGUCAUUGCUGAUAAUGAAGUCGGUCGAUCUGAACCGUCCAAGCCUUCCAAUCCAAUUGUUAUUGGAGAACAGCCUAAUAAGCCAUGCAUGGACUUGGGUGGAGUGCGAGACAUCAUUGUUCGUGCGGGAGAAGAUUUCAGUAUACACGUACCGUAUGUAGGCUUCCCUAAGCCCACUGCUACAUGGCAUGCUAACGACUUACUGCUGGACGAUGAUCAACGUAUGUUCCAGAAUUUGACAGAUGAUGCUGCUAGCUUUGUAGUCAAAAAUUCAAAACGUAGUGAUUCUGGGCAAUAUCGUUUGCAACUAAAGAACCCCUCAGGUUUUGAUACGGCUACGAUAAAUGUUAAAGUACUUGAUCGUCCAAGGCCUCCAUCGCAUUUGCGUGCAGAUGAAUUUGCAGGUGACGCUUUAACUCUAUACUGGAACCCACCAAAGGAUGAUGGUGGUUCACCUAUAAGUAAUUACAUUGUAGAAAAGAGAGAGAGUGGAAGCCCCACUUGGUCAAAGGUCAGCAGUUACUGUACGGUACCAUUUGUAAGAGUACGGAAUCUGACAAUUGGAAGGGAUUACGAAUUCCGGGUGAUUGCUGAAAACAAAUAUGGACAAUCCGAGCCAGCUGAAACAGAGCAACCAAUCCGAGCUAGACAUCCAUUCGACGUGCCUGGAGCCCCAGGUAUUCCAAGGGGUAUCGACUCAACGGAAGAUUCAAUUACUAUUACUUGGGCAAAACCACGCCACGAUGGUGGUUCACCUAUUACUGGAUAUGUUAUAGAAAAGCGUCUAUUGUCGGAAGACAAAUGGACUAAGGGUAUUCAAGCACACUGUCCAGAACUAACAUGCAAAAUUCCUAAUCUUAUUGAAAGCCAUGAAUACGAGUUCCGCGUAUCAGCCGUCAAUGCUGCCGGACAAGGACCAUAUAGCUCAUCUUCAGAUGGCAUUAUAUGCCGGUCACCACCAUCAGCACCAAGGAUAACAUCAGACUUAAAGAUACGCGACAUCAUUGUCUGUGCUGGAGAAGAGUUCCGCAUUACUGUACCAUUUAAUGGCAACCCAAGACCCAAACCAUCAUGGUCGAUCAAUAACAAAGAGGUUAUCCAAGAUGAUCGUAUUAAGUUCGAGACAACAGAUUACAAUACCGUUUUCCACAACAAAAGUGCCAAGCGAUCCGAGACCGGAUCAUAUCAAAUCACGUUGACUAAUUCCGAAGGUUUUGACACAGCUGCCUGUCACGUUACAGUUGUUGAUAGGCCGGGUCCUCCUCAAGGACCACUUUUGGCUUCAGAUAUUACACCUGAUAGUUGCACACUUUCAUGGAAAACUCCAUUGGAUGACGGUGGUUCACCGAUAACCAACUAUGUCGUUGAAAAAAUGGAUAACAAUGGAAUUUGGAUUAAGGUCAGUAGCUUUGUGCGAAAUACACAUUACGACGUCAUGGGGCUAGAACCAAAUAAGAAAUAUUACUUCAGAGUACGAGCUGAAAAUCGAUAUGGGCUCAGUGAACCAAUUGAUUCAGAAGAACCAGUUCUGGCGAAGUACCAAUUUACUGUCCCUGAUGCUCCAGGUCAGCCAAAGGUUAUCGAUUGGGACUCUGGAAAUGUGACUUUGAUUUGGGACCGACCAUCAUCAGAUGGUGGUUCUCGAAUUCAAGGUUACCAAAUUGAAUACAGAGAUGUUGCUAAUGACACUUCGUGGAAUACCUAUGAAUUCCUUAUUAAAGACACAAAAUACCAGUUGUACAAUCUUGUCAAUGGACACGAAUAUGAGUUCCGUGUUAAGGCAAAGAACGCUGCCGGAUUUAGUAAGCCAUCGGCACCUUCGAUGAAAUUCAAAUUAAAGGGCAAAUUCAAUGUCCCAUCACCACCAGGAACUCCACAAGUGAUUAAGGUCGGAAAGAAUUAUGUUGAUCUUAAAUGGGCUAAGCCCGAAAGUGACGGUGGUUCCCGCAUCACAGGCUACAUCAUUGAACGCCGUGAUAUUGGUGGUGCUAUUUGGGUCAAGUGCAAUGACUACAAUGUCUUGGAUACUGAAUACACAGUUAUCAAUCUAAUUGAAAUGGGAGAUUAUGAAUUCAGAAUAUUUGCCGUUAACGCCGCUGGACGUUCAGAGCCCAGCUCAUGCACUAUGCCAAUUAAAGUCUGUGAGGUUUUGGGUGGAGAGAAGCCCGAAUGGGUUACACGUUUGCAAGAUCGUGUUGCGCCCUUCGGAAAAUACUUCAUGUUACAAUGUCAAGCGACGGGCAAACCAGAACCAACUGCAAGAUGGUUGCGUAAUGGAAAAGAAAUUCAAAUGGGUGGAAGGUUUACAUGCGAUUCUAAGGAAGGUGUGUUCAGACUGCACAUUUCAGACGUUCAGUCAACAGAUGAAGGUGAUUUUACAUGUGAAGCAAUUAAUUCACUUGGCUUCGUUCACACAACAAGCCAUCUUAAGAUUGGCUCACCACCAGUUAUUACCAGAAUUCCCAACGAACUAUACUUACCAGAGAAUGAUAAUGCUAAGAUCAAAGUGUAUUACACAGGUGACCAACCUAUGCAAAUAACGAUUACUAAGAAUAACGAAACUUAUAAGGAAACAUCGAACUUUAAGUAUACAGCAUUCGACGACUUUGUUGCAAUUUGUAUUCGGGAUGUUAACAAGGACGACGGAGGGGUGUAUGGCAUUGAAUUCAAAAAUGAGAGUGGAAUCGCUGUUGGAAACUUUGAUGUGAGAAUUACCGGCUUGCCGGGACCACCGGUGGGACCAAUGGGAGUUUCUCAUAUAAAUAAACAUUCUUGCACAUUGGCCUGGCGUCCUCCAGCAUACGAUGGUGGCUUACGUGUAACGCAUUAUGUCGUUGAACGUAAAGACACGAGCUCAUCGCACUGGAUAACCGUUUCCAGCUUAUGCAAAGAACUAUCGUACACUGUUCAAGGUCUUACCGAAAAUCAAGAAUACGUCUUCCGCGUCAUGGCGGUAAAUGAAAAUGGUCUGGGUACUCCAUUGGAGGGUUUGAAUCCUAUCAAAGCAAAGGCUCCAUUCGAUCCACCCUCACCACCUGGAAUCCCAAAAGUCACAGAAAUCGGCGAAGAAUUCGUCCAUUUGGAAUGGGACAAACCUGAAUCAGACGGAGGAGCUCACAUUCAAGGUUAUUGGAUUGAUAAACGCGAAGUUGGCAGCUCUGCCUGGCAACGUGUCAAUAUCACAAUCUGCCCAACCACACAAAUUAACUGUCCAAAUCUUAUUGAAGGCCGACAGUACGAAUUUAGAGUAUUCGCUCAAAACGAAGCUGGUCUUUCAAAGGAAUCAACAGCAUCGACCUCAGUCAAGAUUGUAGACCCCAAGGCAGCACAACCACCACUUAUAGUCAAACCUUUGCGUGAUGCCAAUUGCAUUCAAAAUCACAAUGCACAAUUCUCAUGCACAAUAACUGGUGUUCCACAGCCAGUUAUAAGCUGGUAUAAGGGCGCUCGAGAAAUUUCUAAUGGUGCUAGGUAUCAUAUGUACGCUGAAGGAGAAACUUACUUCCUAAACAUCAAUGAUGUCUUUGGAGAAGACGCUGACGAAUAUGUUUGCCGAGCGGUCAAUAAGGCUGGUGCUAAGUCGACAAGGGCGUCACUUGUUAUCAUGACUGCUCCUAAGUUGAAUGUUCCACCGAGAUUCCGUGACACUGCUUACUUUGAUAAGGGUGAGAAUGUAGUAAUUAAGAUUCCAUUCACUGGAUAUCCAAAACCUCGCAUCAACUGGAUUCGCGAAGGUGAAACUAUUGAAUCCGGUGGACACUACCAUGUAGAAGUCAAGGAACGUCAUGCUAUUUUAACUAUUCGUGAUGGUUCUAAACUUGAUUCGGGACCAUAUAGGAUCACUGCCGAAAACGAACUUGGAUCAGACACAGCUGUUAUAAAGAUACAAAUCAGCGAUCGACCUGAUCCACCACGUUUCCCAAUGGUCGAAAAUAUCGGAUCUGAUUCACUGUCAUUAAGUUGGAAGAGUCCAGUAUGGGAUGGUGGUUCAAAUAUCACAAAUUAUUUAGUGGAAAAACGUGAACACCCAAUGUCAUCAUGGAUUCGUGUUGGAAAUACACGCUUUACAUCAAUAGCUGUGACUGGUCUUGCACCUGGACAUCAAUACGAUUUUAGGAUCUACGCAGAAAAUGUGUAUGGACGUUCUGAUUCUUCAGAAGUAAGUACAUUGAUUACAACCAAAGAUACAGGCAAAAAAAAGAAACAAGAAAAGAAAUGGGAAAUCGAUGAAAAUGGCAAAAAGGUUCGUGGAAAGGCCGAUGGCCCGAUCAAGGAUUACGAUUCGUAUGUCUUUGACAUAUAUUCCAAAUAUGUGCCACAACCGGUUGAGAUCUCACAUGACAGUGUUUAUGAUCGUUAUGAUAUUUUAGAAGAAAUCGGAACAGGUGCUUUCGGUGUUGUACAUCGUUGCCGAGAGCGAAGCACUGGCAAUAUUUUCGCGGCUAAGUUCAUUCCAGUAUCACAUGAAAUUGAAAAGGAUUUGAUUCGUCGUGAAAUUGAUAUUAUGAAUCAAUUGCAUCAUCAGAAACUUAUUAAUUUGCACGAUGCAUUUGAAGAUGACGAUGAAAUGGUUUUAAUAUUCGAGUUUUUAUCUGGUGGGGAACUUUUCGAACGAAUCACAGACGAGGGAUACACUAUGUCCGAGUCUGAGGUUAUUAACUACAUGCGCCAAAUUUGCGAAGGUGUCAAACACAUGCACGAGAAGAACAUCAUCCAUUUGGAUAUCAAACCUGAAAAUAUUAUGUGUCAAACACGAAGAAGCACAAAUGUUAAAUUGAUUGACUUUGGAUUGGCCACAAGAUUAGAUCCAAAUGAAGUUGUAAAAAUAACAACUGGAACAGCUGAAUUUGCUGCUCCCGAAAUCGUUAAUCGGGAACCAGUUGGCUUCUAUACAGACAUGUGGGCUGUAGGUGUACUUUCCUAUGUCCUUUUGAGUGGACUUUCACCAUUCGCCGGUGAAAACGAUAUAUCAACUCUGAAGAACGUCAAGGCAUGCGAUUGGGACUUCGACGAAGAAGCCUUCCGUCAUAUUUCCCAAGAAGGUAAAGACUUCAUCCGUUCACUACUUGUUGCUAACAAAGAGAAAAGAAUGACAGCUCACGAAUGCUUAUUACAUCCAUGGCUAAUGGGAGACCAUAGUGAUCGUACACAAAAGAUUGCUCGUGAGAAAUACCUCGCUUUCCGUGACAAAUUACGAAAGAAGUAUGAAGACUUCAAUAAAUAUCUUCUGCCAAUUGGCAGGCUAUCUGAAUACUCUUCGUUGCGUAAGCUUCUCAUGGAGAAAUACAAAAUUCAUGAGACAUCGAUUGAUAGAAGACAAGCCGCCCCAAGAUUCGUCAUCCGUCCAUCAUCUCAAUUCUGCUACGAAGGCCAAAGCGUUAAGUUCUAUUGCCGUUGCAUAGCCAUUGCAACGCCAACCUUAACUUGGUCACACAAUCACCAAGAACUGCGACAGAGUGUUAAAUACAUGAAACGCUAUGCCGGCGACGAUUACUACUUUAUCAUUAAUCGUGUUAAACUGGAAGAUCGUGGCGAAUACAUCGUCCGUGCUGAGAACCAUUAUGGGUCUCGCGAAGAAGUCGUCUUCCUCAAUGUGCAACCACUACCAAAACAACCACCAGUUUACCGACACGAAUCGACACCAGUUAGGAGACGCGAACCACUUCCAUACACUUUCUGGCAGGAAGAAUCAGAGUCAGCACCCAGUUUUACAUUCCUAUUACGUCCUCGUGUCAUGCAAGCUCGCGAUACAUGCAAGUUGCUGUGCUGUUUGAGUGGAAAACCAGUACCAACCGUCAAGUGGUACAAGGAUGGACGUGAGCUCAGCAAAUAUGAAUAUUCAAUGACACAUUCAGAUGGCGUUGUAACAAUGGAAAUUAUCGAUUGCAAGCCCUCCGAUUCAGGAAAAUACUCAUGCAUUGCUACCAAUUGUCAUGGCACGGAUGAAACAGAAUGUGUGGUCAUUGUAGAGGGAGAAUGGGUUACACCCGAGCAGGCAGAACUUGCUCACAAUUUCCUAUAUUCAGGAGACCGGAAGUACAUUGAACAACCUAUUAAGCCAGCUCCCCCGCCAAUUGUGACAGUGCGUCAAGUGACAUCCAAUGUCAAUACAAAUACCAGUACUUCAAAUUAUUCCUCGACUUCCCACAAUUCACUAUCAUCAUCUAGCAAGACUGUCACAAACAAUUCAGGUUCCUUUUCAUCAACAAAUAUUUCUUCAGAUUCAACAAGUACGAAAAAGAAGAAAUAUGGUUUGAAUGCACCAGGGUCACCGUCAAGGUCAAGAAGUGCAACCAAAGAGUUGAUACUGCCCCCUGAUGAUUCAUUAAUGUGUAAGCCUGAAUUUUCAAAAGCACUGAAGGAUCUUACAAUUAAAGAUGGGGAACAACUAUUGCUAACAUGCACAGUUGUUGGUGAUCCUGAGCCUCAGAUUACGUGGUCAAAGAACGGAAAGGCAAUCUCAUCGUCAGAAAUUAUGGAUUUGAAAUAUAAAAAUGGUGUUGCUACAUUAACAAUCAACGAAAUCUUCCCAGAAGAUGAAGGUGUAUUUACUUGUACAGCAACCAAUUCCAUUGGAUCGGUUGACACCAAGUGCAAGCUGACCGUUAAGCCUAUGGAAAAGAACUUAGCUAAACGUACGGCUAGUGGCGACAAACCACCUAAAAUUGCCAGCCACCUUGAAUCUCGCUUUGUUAAUGAUGGGGAUGCCGUAACUCUAGCUUGUCGUAUCAUUGGUGCGGAACACUUCGAUGUUGUUUGGCUUCACAAUAAUAAAGAAAUUAAGCCUUCUAAGGACUUCCAAUAUACAAAUGAAGCGAAUAUCUAUAAAUUACAAAUUGCCGAAAUUUUCCCCGAAGAUGCAGGCACAUACACUUGCGAGGCAUUUAACGAUGCUGGCGAAAGUUUCAGCACUUGCACAAUUAAUGUCCUAGUGCCAGGAGAAGAACCAAAACAACCAACUUUCACCAAAUUCCCGUCUUCGGUAACAGUUCAAGAAACCGAAUCGUGUACGUUUGAGUGUGAAACCCAAGAAAGUCCACUUCAAUUGACCUGGUUCAAGGAUGGCAAACAAAUUGAUGAAGCAAGUUCGAGAUUUAAGUUCAUCAAGGAUGGCAAUAAAUACUCGUUGGAAAUUGUUAAGUGUACAGCUACAGAUGUUGGACAAUAUCAGGCAAAGGCAGUUGGAAAGAAGGGUGAAACCUUUGCUUCAUUUUCAGUUAAUGUAUUUACAACUGAUUCAUAAAUAAUGAUAUAUGUUAGUCCUUACCUAAGCAACACCUGUUAAAAAAAAAACAAGUAACAGGAUUUAAUUUAAGCUCAAUUUUCGUUUAAUAUUUAUUGUUAGUUUCUUUUUUAAUUUUUAAGUUAAAUAAUUUUGUAUGUUUCUGGAAAUGCUCAUCGGGAACUAAAAAUAACACACAAGGAAUCGACUAAUUUCAAUAUAUCUCUCUCUCUUUCUCUCUCUCACUCUCUGUCAAUAAUCUAUGUAUCUCAAUAUUUGUCUCUAGUGCCUAAUUCAUUUGAGACCUAUAUGUUUUGAUCUUUUAAACAACUCGAAAAAUUGUCCACUGAGAAAAGUAAAUUAGAAAGUUUACAUUUUGAAAAUCAGUGUGUGUUUUAUAUAAAACAAUAAAUUAGUAAUACUUGUUUAUAGGCUUCGUUCUUCCUUUUUCAGUCAUAAUGUUGGCAAUGCAUAUAAGUAGUUCUAAGUAAAGAAAAAAUGUCCACUUUAGAGGAUUAGGUUACGUUUCGAUUUCAAAAUUUCAUGCAUCGAUGCUAAUAAAACGAAUAAAUAACAUUUUAA